AUGUCGGGUCGUUCUACUACGGAAGCUAUACACCUUAUUAGGAGGUUAGUGGAACGGUACAGGGAGAGGAAGAAGGAUCUGCACACGGUGUUUAUUGACUUAGAGAAGGCGUACGACAAGGUUCCUAGAAAAGUUCUCUGGAGAUGCUUAGAGGCAAAAGACGUGUCGUCUGCCUACAUUUGGGCAAUUAAAGGCAUGUAUGAUGGGACUAAGACUCGGGUUAGGACUGUAGGAGGCGACUCUGAGCAAUUUCCAGUUGUUAUGGGUUUACACAAGGAAGGGAGGAUCCAAAAGGAAAAGGUUGAGAGCGUAGUGAAAACGUUGUCACAAAGAGAAAGAAGAUCUGCCAACUCUGAUGAUUUUAUCAUAUAUGUGAGUGAAAAUCUUAGUGAUACUGGAGAGUUGACUGAUCCUUUAUCAUAUGCCCAAGCUAUUUCCUCUCCAUAUGUUGAUAAAUGGCGUGAUGCAAUUGAAGAUGAAAUGCGCUCCACGGAACACAAUAGAGUGUGGGAGCUAGUUGAAUUGCCUGUUUGUACAAGGCCUGAUAUAUCAUUUGCUGUUAAUAUAUUGGGAAGAUUUUCUUCUAAUCCUAGGUGGGCACAUUGGGUGGCUGCAAAGAAAAUUGUCAAGGCACUAUGA